CUGAACUUAGGUGGGGGGUGUCGGUGUCCCUCUCUUCUGGAGCUUGGGAAGGGGUUCACCUGAUCUAAAUGGGAAUGUCUAGUUCCUGUUUCUAUUUACAAUGGAGCUGUAUAGCCCUUGUGGCUUAGCGCUUCUUUUUGAUUAGAAUAAUAAUAAUAUUUACAAUGGAACAUUUGUUCCUAUUUCCUUCAUCACCCAGUUUUGGGCAAUAAAUCUUCCUUUUACAAAGGACCCCAAUGGAAAUAUGUCACUCUGACAUUUUUGUGUUAUCCUAGGUUAUCUACACAUAUGCUGCUAUGCAUGAUAUUCUAUAUAACUGUAUUUGUGUAUACCGUGUAUACCUGAAUAAACUUACUUACAAAUCUACAUGGGGAAGUCGGGCUUGAUACUGCGUAAACUGUCAGUGGCUCUUAUAAACCCAACAAACAAAAUCAACUGCAGCAGCGCGAAGUUGUAGCUAGCAAAGUAUAGUGUUUCUUAUUGUUCUGUUUAUUGUGACACACCAGCCCUGCCUGGUAGAGGAGAACCAUGAAAGUGGAGUGUCCUAUAUGUGGUGCCUUCUUCCCUGACUCUGACAUUGAGACACACGCAGAACAUUGCAUCCAAGCAACGUUUGGCAACAGCAGCAGUGAAAGUGCCAACCACAGCCAGAAGACUGAUGAUGCCUUUGAACUUUGCAAUAUUAAGAGAAAGCAUUCUGAGGUACAAGAAGGUAACUUGACUAACGAGACUGAUGCUCCAAGUUGCUCAGGCAAAACAUCACCAUCCUGCAGUAAGAAAUCUCGCAAAGAACAAGCUCAAGCUUGGAGCUUCUUAGGAAACUCUAGUCGGAGUGUUUCCAGCUCAGGGCAGCAUAAGGCUCAGAAAGCUAAAAAUACCAGGAUUGACCCUGUUUCUCAAGAUGUGUCUUCCAUAGUCAACAGUGAAAUUACACUGCCUGAUUCCUGUCAGCAUCCUAGGCAGAAGUCAGACAACAGUAGUGGUGUGCCACUUGCAGAGAAGAUGCGACCAGUAACCUUGGAUAACUAUAUUGGACAAGACAAUAUCCUAUGCAACAAUUCUUAUCUCAGGACAUUGAUUAUGCAAGAUAAUUUCAUCAACAUGAUUCUUUGGGGGCCUCCAGGCUGUGGAAAGACUUCAUUAGCCAACAUUAUCCAUGAACGUUGCCGUGGGUCUGAGAAAUGGCGAUACUCCUCACUCUCAGCUUGUACAUCAGGAGUUCAAGAUGUGAAGAAUGUUGUCCGAGAAGCACAGGGAGCCUUACAGUUGAGAAAAAAGCGUACUGUUCUUUUCAUGGAUGAAGUACAUAGGUUUAAUAAGGCACAACAGGACAUCUUCUUGCCUCAUGUUGAGAAUGGCUUGCUUACUCUGGUUGGUGCCACCACAGAAAAUCCAUCAUUUUCGCUUAAUUCUGCUUUGCUGUCAAGAUGUCGAGUUAUUACCUUGGAUGCUCUCAGUCCAAGUAGCAUCAGGAUGAUCUUAAGAAGAACACUUAAAAAACUGAAUGUUGCUGUUGAUAGAGAAACAAAAAUGAAUAUGGGAAAUGGAUUGAAAGCAGAUGAAGAGACAAGUGAAAGUGAUGAAGAGGAAGAUGACUUGCAGUAUAAAGAAACUGAUGAAGAAACUAGAAGGACAUCUUCUUGCCUCAUGUUGAGAAUGGCUUGCUUACUCUGGUUGGUGCCACCACAGAAAAUCCAUCAUUUUCGCUUAAUUCUGCUUUGCUGUCAAGGUAAUUUUGUCUUCAGUGUUUUUAUCAUUAUUUUGAAUUUGACCCAAAUGCUUCAUAUUAUAAUUGAAAAUAAAAAUUCAAAUUUCCUAACUUCAAGAAUUUUACUCUAUGUUUUUAUAUUAACAGCACAGUUGCAUUAUUUCUAUCUUCAGAGAAGCCAUGUGUUGUAUGAUCGGAAAGGUGAUGAGCACUACAAUUUUGCCUCAGCCCUGCAAAAGUCCAUAAGAGGUGGGGAUGACAACGCUGCUCUCUACUGGACCAUGCGCAUGAUCAGGGGAGGAGAGGACCCUCGAUUUAUUGCUCGCAGGCUUGUCAGGACAGCAGCUGAAGAUAUUGGUCUCGGUAUGCCUGAAGCACUCACCUUUGCUGUAUCAACAAUGCAAGCUGUACAGAUGCUAGGGAUGCCAGAGUCUGAUGUCAUACUGGCCCAGUGUGCUGUGUACCUUGCCAGAGCGCAUCACAACCCUGAGGUAUAUUCAGCUAUGAAUCGUGUCAAUGAGCAUAUAAAUAAUUAUGCUGGACCCUUGCCGCCUGUGCCUCUUCAACUGAGAAAUGCUCCCACUGCACUCAUGAAAAAGCUUGGAUAUGGACAUGGUUAUUCAGCUGCUCCUGAAGUUGUACAGACCAUAGAGUAUAUGCCAGAGGCACUAAGAAAUGUUAAUUUUUUUAAUAGGUAAAAUUUACUUACCUCAGUAUUUGUUGAUGCUUUAUACAGCCUUGGGUAAAAGUCUACUCAUUAAAUAACAGUUAUGUCGACUAAUACAAGUCAAGAAAUAGUGCAAGUUCAUUUCUACAGUGUGUAAGUACAGUACCUAUAGACUUCGUAAGUUUUGAAGUUUAGCCCUUGAUCUAGCCUUUCAUUGUUAGCUGAGGUGAUAGGUUGCCAGCACAUCUGUUUUUGAAAUAUCUGAUUCUCAACUAUGUUGUUUCCCAGUAUACUGUAUUCUGUUACCAUAUUUAUACAGUGAAAAUUCUCAUUAACAGACUACUAGGGAGGAGAGGGUGUAUGAUAAUGCCGAUUUUCCGCAACUCUUGAAUUCUGAAAUUGAUAUAUCAUGAUCAUCCGGUUGUCUUUUGAAGUAGUGAUGCAGAAGACAGCCAGAUACUAAGAAUACAAGUAUUGUUGCCUGUACUAAUGUUAUAGUACUUUAUGUAAUUUACAGUAAUUUUACUUAACUUUUGUGGUGGAGAGAUGAGGUAUAAACUACUGUGAUCAAUAUUGGUGAUUUAAGUAACUUAUAUUCUGAGUCAGAGGAGCUAUGAAGAUCCUCUUCAUUUGUUCGUACUGAACAAAUGUUGGAGUUAGUGAACUUGGCCCAUUACUAUAGAAGACAACUGGACACUAUCGCUACAGACAAAAUACAGAAUUUCAGACUUUUGUCUAUUUUGUCUUGACAGUUAGAAUGUUUAUCCAGCCAAUUUUUUGGUCCAAAAUUGCUGAAAUCAAUUAUUGAGAGGUAUUACUGUAUUUUUGGUUUCUAUCUGUGUUACAGUUCAUCUCAUUAUAAAAAUUUUGUGCUUUAUUCACCAUUCCUUUUUCUUUGGUGUAUUGUGCUUGAAAUGUGAUGAUAAUAUUUCUUGUUUUCCAGUUUUCCCAGCAUCAUGAGGUUCAUUUCUUGCAGUCUUUCUUAUAGCUUCUGUGUGUCUGUUUCAGUUUGGUGGCAAAUUUCCCUUUUUUUUUUAUAAGGAGUUCAUUCUAGUUAUGGUAAUUUAUCAACAUUUCCAACCAAAUUUUUACUUUUAUAUAAAUAGCUUAGCAUAAUUACAACAAAGCAAAACCACAGUUUUAGCAAUUGUUUUGGAGUGUGUGAUUUUUUUAUAGUCAAAUUCAUAGUUAAAUAUCUACAUCUUCCAUUUUUUACACACACAAUGAAUUCAAUUACAGCCAAACCCUUAAUAUUAUGGUACAAUAUAAAUAUAUUCACUGUAUGGCUAAGCUUUCAUAUCUGAGCGCCUCUGUAAAGACAGUGGUUAUGUAUGAGCGAUGAUGAAAGUGUUGAAUGAUGAAAGUUUUUUCUUUCUUUUUGGGUCACCCUGCCUCUGUGGGAAACAGCCAAUGUGUUAAAAAAAUGGCUAAUAGCAACUGAAGACAUAUACGUCUACAGUUUAUACAGGUGGGCAAAGUAUCAGUGUGGUUGUUCUUCCUUAACUUAAACCUUAUCCAGAGGCUGGCAAAUUUUACCCCCUUGCCUUUCCCAGUAGAUUCCCAUACUACCAUACUACUUUGGCAUAUGCUAUCAGUGUUAUUCAUUUAGUUGGUUUGGAGCUAGUGUAAACUUUAUUCCCUUUGGGUAAAUAUUUUUAGUGUAUAUUUUUAUACAUUAUUAACCUGUACAGAUAUUGUGACAUAAAUGUUAAUGCAUAAAGUACUUAACCCUUUCAGGGUCCGUGCCAUAGAUCUACGGCUAUACGUUGAGGAUCCAAACCGUAGAUCUACGCCAUGAGCUCAGCUCACUCUGAUAAGCUGUGAGCGGUAAAUUUGGGCCUAGAUAUGAGAAAAUACAUCUAUGUGGUAUGUGUGCACCACAUAAAACAAAUCCUGCAGCACACAGUGCAUAAUGAGAGAAAAAACUGAGACCGUAAUUUUCAACUAAAAUAACAAAUUUGCAGUGUUUUUUGGUAUGUUUUUUUAUAGUUGUAUUUGCGAUUUCUUAGUCUUAUUUGAUAGAAUGGAAGAUAUAUUACAGAGGUAGAGAAGAUUUUGAUUGGUUUUAGUAAUGAAAAUUGCUUGAAACUGAGCUCAAAGUAGCAGAAAUGUUCAGUUUUUGCCGAUGUUCAAAAGUAAACAAAUGACCUCACACAUCUAAUACACGCCAGGUGGUGGGUCUAAUAUAUGUUCACAAAUGUGGUGAUAUUAUUUAUACAAUUAUUACAGUAUUGCAUAACAGUAAAUCUUCUAUUUUUUGGUUUAAAUAAAAAUUCAUUAUGUGAAUAAAAAAUCAAAAUGAAAUUCAUUUUUAAAGCCUGAAAACGUAACUAAUAAACAGAGGAAAUGUUAGUUUAGUGCCAGGAAUGUUUUGAAAUUAGAAUAUUUUGAACUUUGCAUUAAAUUGGCCAAGUUACCAAUUUCCGAUCACUUUAUUUUGUAGUUGAAACAGUUGACUUGGUGAUUUCUUGUGCUCAAUCGAUAGAAUAGUAGUAAUACUAGUGAAAUAGCUAAGAAUUUGGUCGACUGGAAUAAUGUAAUUGGCUUAAAAUGGGAGUCAAAUUUGGCAAAAUUGCCGAUGCAUAAAUAUUGCUGACAUGCUCUCACAAAGAGAGCAUAAUUUCUCAAAUUUUCCAUCAAAUUUUGUACUUUUUGUUUUAUUACCUUCAGAAAAAGAAUCUCUACCAUUUCAUAAGAAAAAAUAACAAAAUUACUUUUUGAAAAUUCUUGGACCCUGGUGUGCACUUUGAAAUUUGACCUCUGGACCCUGAAAGGAUUAAACAAAUGCUUAACAUGAAUAUCUAUGGUAUUACCUUUUCCUUGUGAGAAAAAUGUGGUAUUUUUGUAUUAUUCUAUUGUCUUUCUUUUAUAAAUAAAGUAUUGAAACAA